GUUGUUAGUUGUUGUUAAUUUUCAACAGAAAUGACACCUUUACUAAUUUUACUUUUCGUUGGUUGCACGCAAUCUCUAGCUCGUGUCACCAAUUACAAUUCGGAUUUUGAUAGUUAUGAUUCUGAUUUGCACGAUUUCGGCGAAGACAGCGAAUCGGAUUUGUUAGAAAUCGAUGAUAGAAGCAUUGAUUAUGGGGAUUACUACACGAGAGAAGCUUUACCAUUUACUAAAACCUGCGAGAUUAAAGUCCAUAACAAUGUUACCCUGCGAAUGCCAAAAUCCAAACAUUUAGAACAUUACCUGAACGUUACGUGCGAAUCAACAGAUCAUUAUCAGCAUCUUGGGAGGCCAACAUCAAGACAAGACUUUUGUGUAAUAAAGCAUCAAGAAACAGACAAAAACAAAGAAAUAUGCAAAACGCAAUAUAUCAUUAAAGAUCAUCGAAGAAUUGGGGUGGGAUGCAUUGGAUGUUCAAUUGGACUUAAAUAUAUUAAAUUGGAUUAGAUAGUAUUCUAAAACUUUGUAUGCUUUAUUUUUAAAUGUUCAAGUUUCAAUAAAAGCAAGUAAAUUAAAUUUAAA